UUAGUAGCCAAACCCUGUGCCCACAUACUUCAGAUUCAGGCUGGAGUGAGCCGGCGAGCCCAGGCCAACGCUGUCCUGGAGAGGGUGUUUACAUCCACAACGGUACAUAAAGCAUGGUUCUGAUGUGCUACUGCUGGGUGGACAAAUGCAGCAUUGUGACUUGAAAUGUUUCUUAUGUAAUCACCCAUGAUGUAAAAGCAAAUCACCCCACAUGUAAAUGCACUGGAAAUUCUGUAAAUGAAUUAGUGGAAGUUACAAAUAUCAAAUAUACUGUAGGCCUAUUCCACGCUAGCGAACCAGAUUUUUACUCGCUAGUCAGGGGAAAGUGCGAUCAGAUGUUGAUUACUGUCCAAAGCCAGUUAGCCAUGGUGAGUCCGUUUCUGCUGUAGCCAAUUUUUCUGUUAACUUGUUUAGCAGGGCAACAGUGUAGCGUUGUUGAUUGUAGAAACAGUCCUGUAGGCUACUCCAGCUAAAACAGUGACUCUGUCUCUCCUGUGCCAUCCUCUUCUUCAGAGUCCUGACUCGUGGCAGAUUGAGGGGCUGUCUAAGCAGAUGGAUUGGGAUGUUAGGAAAGUCCAGAGAUGGUUCCGACUCCGGAGGAGCCAGGACAAGCCCAGUACACUCACAAAGUUCUGCGAGAGCAUGUAGGUUCUGAAGUCUUGAUCCAUCUAGAUGCACUAGAGCCUUUCUGUUCUGUUGCGGUUUUUCAUGUUUACUCUUUCCUUUUCAUCAUAGGUGGAGGUUGACGUUUUAUACCGGUAUAUUUAUCUAUGCGAUUCGCUAUCUGUGGGUGGUGAGUUAAAUGGACUUAUACUACACUGAAUAACUUUUCUGUAUAUACACUGAACAAAAAUAUAAACGCAACAUGUAAGGUGUUGGUCCCAUGUUUCAUGAGCUGAAAAAAAAAUUCUGUCAAUUCUGUCUAAUAAAGCCUUUUUGUGGGGAAAAGCAUCAAUCUGAUUGGCUGGGCCUGGCUCCCCAGUGGGUGGGCCUAUGCCCACCCAUGGCUGCACCCCUGCCCAGUCAUGUGAAAUCCAUAGAUUAGGGCCUAAUGAAUUUCUUUCAAAUGACUGAUAUCCUUAUAUGAACUGUAACUCAGUAAAAUCUAAAUGAAAGGAGCCCUUCUAAAAUGGAGGUUUUUGCAGGAAAUAAAAUAUAGAUCAGAUAAUGCAGAUUGUUUUCAUUUCAGAGGAAGUCCAAUUUAAUAAAGUUGACAAGCAUUGUGUUAUCAUCUUUGAUAAUCUUUGACCUGUGCAUGUCUUCCUCUAGUCUCCUUGGACUUGGGACACACGGCAAUGCUGGUACAACUACCCAUUUCAGGUAAAGGAUCUACCUACAAAGUACCUAAAUACCAGGAUCAAUUCCUGUAAUUUGUCAACAGAUGAAGAUUACAUUCCUAACCAUAGGGGUUAUUGUCAAUAUCUUCUGCUUUUUCUAAGGAUACCAUGUUAUGAUUCUUCCUUUCCUCCCACAGACGCUGAGUCCUGGCCAGUACAACUACUAUGUAGCUGAGCUGGCCUUCUACUGGUCCCUCAUGUUAUCCCAGUUCACAGACAUCAAAAGGAAGGUGAGUCAGGUGACUGGGUUGGAGGGAGGGGGGGGUGGGGUACUGGGUGGACUGGGGUAGAUGGACUCUGAGUGGAGGGCACACGUAGAAUCUUCAGCUAUUGUGCUCCCCUCUCACAAAAAACACUAAAUGUUACUACAAGUUCACUCCGUUGAUCUAUGUGCGUGUGUAAACAUGGUUGAAGUGGGAUUUUUGGAAUAGCGGAGCACCUUUUGGUAACAUAUCCUCGCCGGUCCCACUCCCAUUCACAAGUGGGCGAUAGCAAAGUUUUCUAUUUUUGUCUCUUCAUUUUGUGAAAGCAAGAAAGAGUCACCUUCCGUUGCUAGUAGUAGCUAGCUGGCAGCCUGGCUAAAAACAUAGCAAGCUAGCCUUUCUAGCUUCACACAUCUCCAUGUGAAAUGAUCAGAUUUAUCAUUAAAAAAAUAUGCCCUUGCAAAUAUUCUUAUGCUUGCCGGUGUAAUCUAAAACAUUAUUCCAGUUUGAUAUGCUGCUUGUGUAUUCAUUCCCAUAUCAGCUAAAAAUAGAACGUCAUGUCCUCCCGAGUGGCGCAGUGGUCUAAGGCACUGCAUCGCAGCGCUAGCUGUGCCACUAGAGAUCCUGGUUCGAAUCCAGGCUCUGUCAUAGCCGGCCGCGACCGGGAGACACAUGGGGCGGCGCACAAUUGGCCCAGCGUCGUCCAGGGUAGGGGAGGGAAUGGCCGGCAGGGAUGUAGCUCAGUUGGUAGAGCAUGGCGUUUGCAACGCCAGGGUUGUGGGUUCGAUUCCCACAGGGGUAUAAAAAAUAAUGUAUGCACUCACUUAACUGUAAGUCGCUCUGGAUAAGAGCGUCUGCUAAAUGACAAAAAAAAUAAAUGUAAAUGUAAGUCGCUCUGGAUAAGAGCGUCUGCUAAAUGACGUAAAUGUAAAAAUGUUUUGGUCACAGAGAAAAAAAGUACCUGGCUAGCUAGUUGGCUACAGCAGGUUCUACAAUUUCACAAUAGCCUGGAAUCACCAAAUAUUACUUCUAAACACAAUACCUUUUUGAGUGGAUUCUUGUUGUUUGGUUUAGUGUUUCAACAGUCACUGAGAUUAUAUUUGGUUAUCAAUGCAAAAUAGGCUACUUGAAUGAAUAGCCUAUAGAUCAGAUCAAGGAACCAAGCCCCCACGGCUGCGGAAGGAAUGAUACGGCGUGUCUACAUAUUCGGGUAAUAAAAAAAAUAUGUUGAAUGCCCUUUUGUGACGAAAAACAACAUUGCAACACUUUGAAUCUUGUGUCUGCGUAGAGUUUGUAGUAAGCUUAAUCCUACCACCACUCCAGUCUUGUGCGCAUAGCAGUGGCUUUGCUCCAUCCUAAUUGAUCUCUAUUGUAGCUGGUAUGCAAGCCAUUUAAAUCCACUUGAUUUUCCGGAAAGUCUGGCCAGAAUUGGCACCAGUUUGUCCUGUUCGAAGACUGUUGCUACUUCAUUUUAAGACACACUUCAGUUUCACGCUAGGUUAGCAAGAUAAUGAUUGUUUUGUUAUAGAAGGCCUGUGAGACUGUAAACUUUGAACAGGUUAGACACAGUGAGUUUCUAUGUAGGGAAUAGUUUAGGACAAUAGUUUAUGUAUAAAGCACUAGGCCAGAGUAUGCAAUCCUACUGAGAGUAGACAUAAUAUAAUGUAUUUUCACACAGUGGGGAACCGUGAGGGCCUUCUAGGGUUUUAAUUUCUAUUUCAUAUUUUCAAUGAUAUUCUCAUUAUAUUAUUCAUUUUGUUGUGUUACAGCCUGAAUUUUAAAUGGAUUAAAUUGCAGGUUUUUGUCACUGGCCUACACACAAUACCCCAUAAUGUCAAAGUGGAAUUAUGUUUUUUGAAAUGUUUACAAAUUAAUUAAUAAUGAAAAGCUGAAAUGUCUUGGGUCAAUAAAUAUUCAACCCCUUUGUUAUGGCAAGCCUAAAUAAGUUCAGGAGUAAACAUUUGCUUAACAAGUUACAUAAUAAGUUUCAUGGACUCACUCUGUGUGCAAUAAUAGUGUUUAACAUAUAAUUUCUGAAGGACUACCUCAUCUCUGUACCCCACACCACAGGAGGUUGGUGGUAAUUGCUGGAGCGGAAUUGGUGGAAUGGUAUCAAAUACAUGGUUUCCAUGUGUUUGAUGCCAUUCCAUUUACUCCGUUCCAGACAUUAUAAUGAGCCGUCCUCCCCUCAGCAGCCUCCACUGCCCCACUCUGUAAGGUCCCUCAGUCGAGCAGUGAAUUUCAAACACAGAUUCAACCACAAAGACCAGGAAGGUUUUCCAAUGCCUCGCAAAGAUGGGUAUUUAUAGAUUAUAAAAGUUUUAAACAGACAUUGAAUAUCUCUUUGAGCAUGGUGAAGUUAUUAAUUACACUUUGGAUGGUGUAUCAAUACACCCAGUCACUAAAAAGAUACAGGCGUCCUUCCUAACUCAGUUGCCGGAGAGGGAGGAAAUCGCUUAGGGGUUUCACCAUGAGGCCAAUGGUAACUUUAAAACGGUUACAGAGUUUAAUGGCUGUGAUCUGAAAAAUUGAGGAUGGAUCAACAACAUUGUAGUUACUCCACAAUACUAACCUAAUUGACAGAGUAAAAAGAAGGAAGCCUGUACAGAAUAUAAAUAUUCCAAAACAUGCAUCCUGUUUGCAACAAGGCACUUAAGUAAUACUGCAACAAAUGUGGCAAAGUAAACUUUUUGUCCUGAAUACAAAGUGUUAUGUUUGGGGCAAAUCCAAUACAACACAUUACCGAGUACCACUCUCCAUAUUUUCAAGCAUAAUGGUGGCUGCAUCAUGUUAUAGGUAUGCUUGUAAUCAUUAAGGACUGGGGAGUUUUUCAGUAUAAAAAAGAAACGGAAUGGAGCUAAGCACAGGCCAAAUCCUAGAAGAAAACCUGGUUCAGUCUGCUUUCCACCAGUCACAUGGAGAUGAAUUCCCCUUUCAGAAGGACAAUAACCUAAAACACAAGGCCAAAUGUACACUGCAGUUGCUUACAAAGAAGACUGUGAAUGUUCCCGAAUGGCCGAGUUAAAAUUUAGCUUGAAAAUCUAUGGCAAGACCUGAAAAUGGUUAUUUAGCAAUGAUCAACAACCAAUUUGAUGGAGGUUGAAGAAUUUUGAAAAUAAUCAUGGGCAAAUGUUGCACAAUCCAGGUGUGUGGAAAGCUCUUAGAGACUUACCCAGGAAAGACACACAGCUGUAAUCGCUGCUAAAGGUGAUUCUAGCAUGUAUUGACUCAGGGGGUUGAAUACUUAUCUAAUCAAGAUAUAUUAGUGUUUUAUUUUUCUUCCACUUUUGUGUAGAUUGUUGUAACACAACAAAAUGUGGAAAAAGUCAAGGGGUGUGAAUACUUUCUGAAGGCACUGUAGCUUUUGUUGUAGGAUAGUGUGCAGCGGCUGCAGGUGAAGCAGGUGAUACCGAAGAGGAUGUUGUUUCUAAUUUGUUCGCUUUGCCCUAUUCAAGAUUAUAACUUUCAACAAGUUACGUUUCAAAUUAUCAUCAUCUGAGUCCUCAUUUAUAAACAUUGUGUAUAAACGUUGCCCAUCAUUCACCUUUUAUGGUGACAAUAACAGCCUUAUAUGCUGUAUUUGGAAGUAUUGGAAUUAGGCGAAGGCCAUUUCUAAAGAAAAUAGCAAUGGCGAAAUUGAUCAAAUGUCUCUGGAGGUGUUGUCAGAAUGUUGAAACUUUUACAGUGACAUUAUCUGACAGUUUCUGUAAGAAAAAAGAAUAGCAAAUUGUUGUGGACCUGGAAACAGAUUGUUUGAAUUCAAUAAUGAAAUAUGCUGCACUGCCUGCGAAUUCAGAAACAUUGUUUAGUAUGUCUAAAAACAUUUUGGGGACUACAGUAGACCUACUUAAAGUAGCCUACACACUUCAAUGCAAAAGAGCAACUGUCUGUUCAUCUGUUAAAUUCUACUGUAGGCUAUAUUAUAAACCGCGCUCCCUUUCGGAUGUAUAGAGAUAAAUACUUUAAAUAAUAGCCUAUCUAUAGGCCAAAUAAAAUUAGAGAUGUGCAUGGUAAUUUGUUGUAGGCUAAAGCUUCUUCGGGAAUAAGGACCUAUCAUGGCCAAAAAAGGUGGUGAGGAAUUUAUUCUGCAAUGGUUAUGAAAAUGGCUUAUGUUUAUGAAAUAUUGUUUACUUGAGACAUUUUAAAUUACAGUAGGCUAUUUAGAUGUACAGUAGACAAAAAAAUAACAAAUGGAAAAGGUGAACAGUCUGUUCUACCGUUAAACUGCACUCUGAAUCGGAUGGCAUAGGUGACCCAUUUCAAGAAGCUAGGCGUAUGACGCACAUCCCUACUUCACAGGAGAGGCAUUUUAUUUUUUACUUUUUUUUAAAUCAAAAUGUGUUUUUUUGGCAGAAAUGCCUUCUGGAACAUGGACUUUCAUGUGCCUUAAUAACUAACUUGUAUGCCAUUUGUAAAAAUGUUAAAUUAUAAGUCUAGUUGGUUUAUCCACGGAAAAAGACCAGAACCUUCCCGUUAGCCAUGAUUGGCUGAGAUAAUAGAUGGGCUGGACAUGCCGAGAGAUGAGUUCAAAUUCGUCUGCCAUGUAGCACGCUUCUGUCUAUAACAUGAGCUGCUCAGUAUGUGUAGAUAAUCUUUGCUACCGCAGCUUUUUUGAAAGACAUAAUGUUAGCCAUGAACAACUGCAAAAGUGUUGCUACUGCUCUUGACAACAUUGCUGCCCAGAAUUUAGCAGGCACUAUCGAUAAAGAUCAGUGGGAAAAAGUUGUGAUGGAUUACUUUCUGCACACGGUCAGUGUGAACCGGAGUGACUUGACACAACAACGGGCCAAACAAGCUGUAGCUAGCUACAAACCAAACGGAAAAGACACGCUGCCGUGAAGCGUUCAUCCAUGUACAGUGGGGGAAAAAAGUAUUUAGUCAGCCACCAAUUGUGCAAGUUCUCCCACUUAAAAAGAUGAGAGAGGCCUGUAAUUUUCAUCAUAGGUACACGUCAACUAUGAAAGACAAAUUGAGAGAAAAAAAUCCAGAAAAUCACAUUGUAGGAUUUUUUAUGAAUUUAUUUGCAAAUUAUGGUGGAAAAUAAGUAUUUGGUCACCUACAAACAAGCAAGAUUUCUGGCUCUCACAGACCUGUAACUUCUUCUUUAAGAGGCUCCUCUGUCCUCCACUCGUUACCUGUAUUAAUGGCACCUGUUUGAACUUGUUAUCAGUAUAAAAGACACCUGUCCACAACCUCAAACAGUCACACUCCAAACUCCACUAUGGCCAAGACCAAAGAGCUGUCAAAGGACACCAGAAACAAAAUUGUAGACCUGCACCAGGCUGGGAAGAAUGAAUCUGCAAUAGGUAAGCAGCUUGGUUUGAAGAAAUCAACUGUGGGAGCAAUUAUUAGGAAAUGGAAGACAUACAAGACCACUGAUAAUCUCCCUCGAUCUGGGGCUCCACGCAAGAUCUCACCCCGUGGGGUCAAAAUGAUCACAAGAACGGUGAGCAAAAAUCCCAGAACCACACGGGGGGACCUAGUGAAUGACCUGCAGAGAGCUGGGACCAAAGUAACAAAGCCUACCAUCAGUAACACACUACGCCGCCAGGGACUCAAAUCCUGCAGUGCAAGACGUGUCCCCCUGCUUAAGCCAGUACAUGUCCAGGCCCGUCUGAUGUUUGCUAGAGUGCAUUUGGAUGAUCCAGAAGAGGAUUGGGAGAAUGUCAUAUGGUCAGAUGAAACCAAAAUAGAACUUUUUGGUAAAAACUCAACUCGUCGUGUUUGGAGGACAAAGAAUGCUGAGUUGCAUCCAAAGAACACCAUACCUACUGUGAAGCAUGGGGGUGGAAACAUCAUGCUUUGGGGCUGUUUUUCUGCAAAGGGACCAGGACGACUGAUCCGUGUAAAGGAAAGAAUGAAUGGGGCCAUGUAUCGUGAGAUUUUGAGUGAAAACCUCCUUCCAUCAGCAAGGGCAUUGAAGAUGAAACGUGGCUGGGUCUUUCAGCAUGACAAUGAUCCCAAACACACCGCCCGGGCAACGAAGGAGUGGCUUCGUAAGAAGCAUUUCUAGGUCCUGGAGUGGCCUAGCCAGUCUCCAGAUCUCAACCCCAUAGAAAAUCUUUGGAGGGAGUUGAAAGUCCGUAUUGCCCAGCGACAGCCCCAAAACAUCACUGCUCUAGAGGAGAUCUGCAUGGAGGAAUGGGCCAAAAUACCAGCAACAGUGUGUGAAAACCUUGUGAAGACUUACAGAAAACGUUUGACCUGUGUCAUUGCCAACAAAGGGUAUAUAACAAAGUAUUGAGAAUUUUGUUAUUGACCAAAUACUUAUUUUCCACCAUAAUUUGCAAAUAAAUUCAUUAAAAAUCCUACAAUGUGAUUUUCUGGAUUUUUUUUUCUCAUUUUGUCUGUCAUAGUUGACGUGUACCUAUGAUGGAAAUUACAGGCCUCUCUCAUCUUUUUAAGUGGGAGAACUUGCACAAUUGGUGGCUGACUAAAUACUUUUUUCCCCCACUGUAUACGGGUAAGAGCCUAGCUACAUAUUUAGAUAUUAUAUGUUUCUAAUUUUGUAAGUAAUUUCAAAUUGAAGUGUACUGUUAGCUAGGUAGCGAAUGUUAGUUUGCUGGCUGGCUCGCCAGCUAUCGUUACGUGUAUAAUCUGUGUAGUAAUAUUAUUCAUAUCUCAGAAAUCCAUUUUGCAUUGCUAGUUAUUGCCUAACGUUAGCUAGCUAGCAAACAUUGAACCUAGUUGGUUAGCUUUAGCUACCUGCAGAUUCAUACUGGUUCAUCAUGCAUUGUGGCUAGCUAUGACAAUCCGUUUGUACUGUAGCUAUGGGUUGGGAUUAUGGUUAAUUGUUUAGCUAGCUAGCUACAGGUCUAAACAAAAGACUCCACUUCGCAAGAGAAUGAUUGCAUGAUCCAUCAAGUUAGCCAGGUUUGUCUGGGGGUGAUUACAAGCCAUCUAUUGUAUUUCAUGAACAUUUGUACAUGUCUAGACAAUAGUGACUCAUCCACUAAACUAGAUGUGGCUGAGGGGUGGUUAUAGUAUUUAUUUCACAUAACCCAUCAAUUUAGACAAGUGUCUGGGUAAGCAUAAUCUAAUAAUUAUAAAAUAUUUUUAUCUGGACACUUUCAAAGUCAGAUUGGGACAUAGGCCAAGGACUAGAUAGUGUAUUUUUUCCUGGAGUUUUUUCUUAUUGUAGGCUACUACUAAAACCACUGUCUUUGUUUGUUUACUACACUACCUUACUCACUCUGUUUAGCACAAGCCUCACAAAGGGCUGUGGCGGUCAUAAAAUUUGGUCAGCAGGUGAUUUUCAAGCAAAUAACUGACGGUCUCACAGUAAUUGACGUUAAUGAACAUAAACACAUUUUGCAUCUCCUGGCUUCCACACAUAGCCUACAAGCCACUGAUGCAGACCUUAGGAACAUCUACAUUUUAAAAAGUCUAAUAAAUCCAUGUAAUAUAGCCUACACCAUCACAAUAAAUCCAUUAUUUAUUUUAGACAGGUUUAAAGAAACAUGAUAUGAAGAAAAUGUAGUCUAUUUCAGAAGAACAGAAUAGCAUACUCUGAGUUGGCCUUAUGUUUGGCCCUGAUCUGGCUAUGCCAUAUGGCUGUGGCUAGUUCAUUUAGCAGACAAGAUUUGCUUAGAAUUCCGUGGCAUUAUUUUAUAUAAUUUUAUAGCAUGGAGAAUACAAUUGAACGUAGCUGAAUAAAAUAGAAAGGAUAUUUUCUCCAAAUGAUUUCAGGGAGUGCUCACAUGCGGCUGUUCUGUGUUGAGUGGUUAACAAAGAAACAGGUACUCAUAUGCUUAAUUUUGAGUUAUUUAUGUAACUUUAGUUGUGAUACAAAUGUUGGGCUAUAUGUUUAGAUUUUUUAUACAUUCUAAGGCUGCAUGAUGCGACUAAUGAUGCAUUAAAGGCAUGAGCUCUGCUUUGUUUUUUGCACAGGCUGUACACACCAUCAGUCUCCCAUUCACAGUUUGACAAGCACUUGAUAAUGCCUUGAAUUUCCCGGCGACAUCCCCUUUGUGUGGCCGUAAUUCCCCUAAAAAAAUCCAUGCCUUUUGCAGCCAGUGUCCCUUGUGCCCUUGGGCUGAAUAUAAUAAUUAUAAUUCCCUUCUCCCGGCUGCGUGCUCCGAAGCACAUCUCACUCACAUGACUCUCUGUCACAUGAUCAGGUCUUUCUCACAGGCUACAAGUGAAGAAAGACACAUCGGGGACGCAACUGCACGCAUCCUUAUCCAAUUCCGAGGCGCAUAUUGAAGAUAUUGGAAGAACUGUCCUCAUUUACUUUUCGUCAGCCAACAAGAUGAGUAGGCCAAACGAACAGCAAAAACACUAGCCUAUGUCAACCUACUAUCCCCCAUAGUACAGAAGUUGACCUAUUCUGUGCGAGAAAUAAAUAUUCCAAACAGUCUGGGACAGUUGUGGGAUGCGAUAGAUCCCAAACUAAUACAACCACCAGCAUAGAAAAAAUUAAGUAAUGAGGCUGACGUAACAGAUAAGAAUGUUUCGCUUAGAAUUUUGAUAAACUAUUAGGCUAUUUCUUCACAUUAUCAGCACAGCAAUGUGCACACAACAGUAGGCUAUAAGUGCGAAUGUUCCAUUAGCAGGAAAACACCGUUCUCAAAAGUGACCGCAUAUGCGAUAAUUUAUGUAACGCUUUUAUUAUAAAGGUGCAUUUAUACGGUGAAAAUGAUCUUCCCCAAACUUGAAACUUACUCGCUGACGUAUGUAUACCAGUUAGGCUCUACACCCGUUGUAAAGCGGAUUCAUGUGCUUAAUUUUAAGUUAUUUGGCAACUUUAGUAGUGAUACAAACCUUAUAAAAACAUAUAGGCCUAUGGGCUAGGCUGUGGCGUGCGACAAUGAUUUGAAAAGGUCACACAAAAAAGGCAUGCGCUGUUUCUUGCCUUACUGCACACAAGCUGGGCAUCAUUCACAAGUGAUAAUGUCAUUCAAGCUGUGCAUCAUUCACAAGUGAUAAUGUCAUUCAAGCUGUGCAUCAUUCACAAGUGAUAAUGUCAUUCAAGCUGCGCAUCAUUCACAAGUGAUAAUGUCAUUCACAAGUGAUAGGCAAAUAUUGUCACCCAUGCUCUCCAUUUGUAAAUGAUUUGCCCCACAGUGGACUGAUGGAGAUUUUAUAGCCUUCCCCAGACUGAUGUGCUCUCACAACCCUCGUCCUGAUGUCCUCUGAGAUCUCCUUUCCUCUCGGCAUGGUGUGCUUUGCAUUCACCUGGAUGGGUAACACCAAACUGACCAGGUUUCUUAUCUGUAUUUAUCAGAGUCCCGCCCAAACUCUUUCCUAACGAUCUCUCCUUUGAUUGGUUCAUUUGGUAGCUGAUUCUACUUACCUACUUGAUUUAACCAAUGCAACUUAGGGUUCACUUAUUUUCGCACCUGCACUAAUUCCUUUUUAAUUUUGUUUUUCUACUACAGACAUGAUUUCCUCUACACCACCAUAAGGUAUUGGUAAAUAUAAACCUGUUAUGUCAGAUCAAAAAGACUGGUUCUGAUUAAAUGAAAAUGUCAUGGGAAAAACUGAAAAACUCUGUAAUUGCACAAGGGGUUCACAUACUUUCAAGCAGCACUGUAUAAUAAAUAAUAUAUGUGUGAAAUUUGUUUUGAUUUAUCAUGCACCUGUCUCAAAACGGGCAGGGGAAUAAAUACAUGUCAACUAUGCACUUUCCCGUAGUUCAUUUUCAUGCCAGCCAGGUAGGCUAUACAGCUGUGGUAAAGAGAAGCAAUGUGCUUAAUAUUAGGAAAAUUGAGAAAUAAAUAUAGAGGCCUAGCCUAUAGAAUGCUGAUGGGAUCCUCUUCUUUUUUAAACGCAAUCACAUAGCCUAUAGAAAUGUUCCGCAAAAUGAGCUCAUGGGCUCUCAUGAAGUGUUUGAUUAGAUUUUUCAAUUACAUUUGCAUUGAUGUCAGUGAUUUAGCGGGACAAUAGAGUGCUGAGUACCAGGCAGUUAACAAGUUUGGUAGGCUACUAAUGACCAUCAGCAGCAUCAGAGCUUGGAGAAGCCUAAUUACCGUGACUAAACGCUCACGUGGAACUUGACUGCCGUCAUGACUCGUGACCACCGGUGUAGCGGUAAUACGGUCACUGUAACAGCACUAGCCUCACAUGUGAAUCCUUAAAGAGAUGGGUGGGGCUAAGGCUUAAGAGGGUGUGAACAAUGCUAAAUAGGUGUAGACAAAGAAGAGCUCUCCAAUAGGUUUACCAAAACUUUUAUCCAAUGUAAAAAAAAAACGUUUGCUACAUAAGAUCAAGGCGGUCGAUCACAUUAGAGCAAAAUACUUGAAAUAGUUUAUUUACUACUUUCAAGUGGGUCUAAUUAAAUGAGUAAUGGGAUAUUGUAGGCCUAUAGGCUUCGCGAGUAUGACACCACCACGGUCAAAAAAGGUGAGGAAUUUAUUCUGCAAUGAUCAUGGAAAUGAAAUGGGAAAUAGAUGCCUAUUUCGAACUAUUUUAGAAUGCAAAGAAAAAAGAAAGAAAAAAAGGAUCUUCGCUCCUCUCACUAACGGAAAAUGAAUGCAUGUUAUUAUAUUUACCUUUAUUUUUUAUUUUUUUGGGGGGGUGGGUAGGUAUAUCUUGUACUUACAUCAUGUUUAUCAAUGAGGCCCCUGGUGAGUGGAACUGUGUUUUUUUUUUAUUGCACCCCGCUUGCUGUUAGCUAUCUCUUUUGAAAAUAAUUAGUUAUGCAUGUGAAACAUUGUUGCAUUUAAACUUUAGAACACCGGUUACUUUGUGUGCUGAACAUGAUCAAGAUGUUUGCAAUGCGAAGUCAUAGUAAUAGUUUGUACAUUUCGAUUGGAAAAAUGAUUAGCUUAAUGGUUGUGUUUAUGUAUUCUUAUGAUUGGGACCUUGACUUAUUAUCAAUUAUGUCAGAGUGAAUGGGCUGCUUAUUCUUUAACAUGCUAGGUGUGACUGCUUGCCGUCUUUCUUUCUUUUUGAGUUUGGUACGUGUUAGAAGAUUUGUUUCCCCACUGAAGACCUAGGUCCAAUAUCCACAGUUCGCCACUGUUGUCACAUGGGUGCUAGAAGAGGUAGAAUUACAUUAACACUGUGCUGUUCUCUGGCAAUGGAUCAAGAGCAAAGGAAGGUUAUAUUUGUAUCACUUAGCAAGUUUUGCAAGUUUUAGAAGGUUGUAAAAGGGUUUCCAAUACACCUGAGUUUGAACCUAGCGUCUUUGCACGUCAUUACAAAUCCCAAAGUCCUUAGGCAAGUUGUUUCAAGUUAAGAAAAUGAACUCAGUAAAUUGAAUGUAGUUAAAUAUACACUGAGUGUACAAAGCAUUAGGAAUGCCUGCUUUUUCCAUGACAGACUGACCAGGUGAAUCCUGGUGAAAGCUAUGAUCCCUUAUUGAUGUCACCUUUUAAAUUCACUUCAAUCAGUGUAGAUGAAGGGCAGAAGACAGGUUAAAGAAGGAUUUUUAAGCUUUGAGACAAUUGAGACAUGGAUUGUGUACCAAUUUAUCCAUUCAGAGGAUAAAUUGGCAAGACAAAAGAUUUAAGUGCCUUUGAACGGGGUAUGGUAGUACGUGCCAGGCACACCUAUUUGGGUGUGUCAAGGACUGCAACUCUGCUGGGUUUUUCACGCUCAACAGAUUCCCGCGUGUAUCAAGAAUGGUCCACCAACCAAAGGACAUCGAGCCAACUUGACACAACGGGACGCAUUGGAGUCAACAUGCCAUCAUCCCUGUGGAACGCUUUUGACACCUUGUAGAGUCCAUGCCCUGAUGAAUUGAGGCUGUUCUGAGGGCAAAAGGGGGGGGGGCAACUAACUAUUAGGAAAGUGUUUCUAAUGUUUUGUACACUGUGUAUAACCAGAAGUCAAGACAAAGGAGAUGAUUGUGGACUACAAGAAAAAGAAGAGGACCGAGCACGCCCCCAUUCUCAUCGACGGGGCUGUAGUGGAGCAGGUUGAGAGCUUCAAGUUCCUUGGUGUCCACAUCACCAACAAACUAUCAUGGUCCAAACACACCAAUACAGUUGUGAAGAGGGCAUGACAAAGCCUAUUCCCCCUCAGGAGACUGAAAAGAUUUGGCAUGGGUCCUCAGAUCCUCAAAAGGUUAUACAGCUGCACCAUCGAGAGCAUCCUGACUGGUUGCAUCACUGCCUGGUAUGGCAACUGCUCAGCCUCCGACCACAAGGCACUACAGAGGGUAGUGUGUACGGCCCAGUACAUCACUGGGGCCAAGCUUCCUGCCAUCCAGGACUUCUCUACCAGGCAGUGUCAGAGGAAGGCCCUAAAAAUUGUCAAAGACUCCAGCCACCCUAGUCAUAGACUGUUCUCUCUGCUACCGCACGGCAAGCGGUACCAGAGUGCCAAGUCUCGGUCCAAAAGGCUUCUUUACAGCUUCUACCCCCAAGUCAUAAGACUCCUGAACAGCUAAUGAAAUGGCUACCCAGACUAUUUGCAUUGUCCCCCCCACUCUUUUACACUGCUGCUAAUCUCUGUUUAUUAUCUAUGCAUAGUCACUUUAACUCUACCUACAUGUACAUAUUACCUCAAUUACCUCGACUAACCUGUGCCCCCACACAUUGACUCUAAUAAUUUUUUACUUAUCUUUUUUUUACUUAAUACUUAUUUUUCUUAAAACUGCAUUGUUGGUUAAUGGCUUGUAAGUAAGCAUUUCACAGUAAGGUCUACACCUGUUGUAUUCGGCGCAUGUGAGAAAUACAAUUUGAUUUGAAGUGGUCUAGUGCGGUUUCUAUGAAAUCAUUCAUCAUGUGUGGUAGAGUUCUCAGUGCCAUGCAGAUUCAGCCUUUUCAAAUGCUGGUUGUGUUGAGUAUAAUGUUUCAGGUCCAUAAAACUGGAAUUGUUUAAUAGACCGGGGUGUUGUGACCUUGGUUUUACUUACUCAGUGAUUCAAUGCACUUUAUUGGCAUGAAAUGGCAUAGGUGUAAAUGUAUCUCCCUCCCCUGGUUUACCUUUCUUUCUCUUUCUGUCUGUCCCUCUCUUUCCUUGUUCACCUUUGUCCUCUGACAGGAUUUCAUCAUCAUGUUUGUCCAUCACCUGGCCACCAUAACCCUCAUCACCUUCUCCUACUGUAACAACAUGCUGCGAGUGGGCACUCUGGUCAUGUGUGUGCAUGAUGCCUCCGACAUCUUUUUGGAGGUAUACGGUCAAGGGCCUAUACUAUAUGUGGAGCGCUGUCUUUUUACUGGCUGAGGUGGUUCAACACAAUGUAAAUGGUAUUUAUGGUAUACAGUGAGGGGAAAAAAGUAUUUGAUCCCCUGCUGAUUUUGUACGUUUGCCCACUGACAAAGACAUGACCAGCCUAUAAUUUUUAUGGUAGGUUUAUUUGAACAGUGAGAGACAGAAUAACAACAACAAAAUUCUGGAAAACACAUGUCAAAAAUGUUAUAAAUUGAUUUGCAUUUUAAUGAGGGAAAUAAGUAUUUGAUCCCUCUGCAAAACAUGACUUAGUACUUGGUGGCAAAACCCUUGUUGGCAAUCAGAGGUCAGACGUUUUUUGUAGUUGGCCACCAGGUUUGCACACAUCUCAGGAGGGAUUUUGUCCCACUCCUCUUUGCAGAUCUUCUCCAAGUCAUUAAGGUUUCGAGGCUGACGUUUGGCAACUCGAACCUUCAGCUCCCUCCACAGAUUUUCUAUAGGAUUAAGGUCUGGAGACUGGCUAGGCCACUCCAGGACCUAAAUGUGCUUCUUCUUGAGCCACUCCUUUGUUGCCUUGGCUGUGUGUUUUGGGUCAUUGUCAUGCUGGAAUACCCAUCCACGACCCAUUUUCAAUGCCCUGGCUGAGGGAAGGAGGUUCUCACCCAAUAUUUGACGAUACAUGGCCCCGUCCAUCAUCCCUUUGAUGCGGUGAAGUUGUCCUGUCCCCUUAGCAGAAAAACACCCCCAAAGCAUAAUGUUUCCACCUCCAUGUUUGACGGUGGGGAUGGUGUUCUUGGGGUCAUAGGCAGCAUUCCUCCUCCUCCAAACACGGCGAGUUGAGUUGAUGCCAAAGAGCUCGAUUUUGGUCUCAUCUGACCACAACACUUUCACCCAGUUCUCCUCUGAAUCAUUCAGAAGUUCAUUGGCAAACUUCAGACGGGCAUGUAUAUGUGCUUUCUUUAGCAGGGGGACCUUGCGGGUGCUGCAGGAUUUCAGUCCUUCACGGCAUAAUGUGUUACCAAUUGUUUUCUUGGUGACUAUGGUCCCAACUGCCUUGAGAUCAUUGACAAGAUCCUCCCGUGUAGUUCUGGGCUGAUUCCUCACCGUUCUCAUGAUCAUUGCAACUCCACGAGGUGAGAUCUUGCAUGGAGCCUCAGGCCGAGUUGAGAUUGACAGUUAUUUUGUGUUUCUUCCAUUUGCGAAUAAUCUCACCAACUGUUGUCACCUUCUCACCAAGCUGCUUGGCGAUGGUCUUGUAGCCCAUUCCAGCCUUGUGUAGGUCUACAAUCUUGUCCCUGAUAUCCUUGGAGCGCUCUUUGGUCUUGGCCAUGGUGGAGAGUUUGGAAUCUGAUUGAUUGAUUGCUUCUGUGGACAGGUGUCUUUUAUACAGGUAACAAACUGAGAUUAGGAGCACUCCCUUUAAGAGUGUGCUCCUAAUCUCAGCUCGUUACCUGUAUAAAAGACACCUGGGAGCCAGAAAUCUUUCUGAUUGAGAGGGGGUCAAAUACUUAUUUCCCUCAUUAAAAUGCAAAUCAAUUUAUAAAAAUUUUGACAUGCGUUUUUCUGGAUUUUUUGUUGUUAUUCUGUCUCUCACUGUUCAAAUAAACCUACCAUUAAAAUUAUAGACUGAUCAUUUCUUUGUCAGUGGGCAAACGUACAAAAUCAGCAGGGGAUCAAAUACUUUUUUCCCUCACUGUAUGUGGUUGUGAGAGUACUGUGUUUCACCCUGGCGUGUGUUUGCUCUGUGUUUCUAGAGCUGUGUGCACUGCUGGUGCACUUAGCGAAUACCUGUAACUUGAAUCUGACUGUUGAACAUGUUUGUUUACCACGUCAGUUGGUAGCGAGUUAAAGUUGGUUUGGUAUCUCUAAUCAUGUGCCUUUUAUUUCCUUCUCCCCAAGUUUGCCAAGUUGGCCAACUAUGCAAAGUACCAGUGGAUUUGUGACACCGGCUUUGUAGUGUUCAGCAUAGUCUUCUUCAUCACACGACUUGUCAUCUAUCCGUUUUGGUAAGGGGAGGUACAUAUUAAAUUACGCAACAAGGCACACAGCUACGUUAUCUUACUGCAGCCAUUCGGUCAUCAGCACUAUAGGAUAGAUGUAGAAUUAAUUUGAUUUCUAUAAAAAUGGUCUCUUUGGUGUCUCCAUGUGACGGUGCCCUAGUAACGUGUGUGUGUUAUAGGAUCAUAUACAGUGUGCUGGUGGAGAGCUGGGAGAUCAUUGGUCCAUACCGGUCCUGGUGGCUGUUGAACGGCCUGCUGCUGGUCCUUCAGACUCUUCAUGUUAUCUGGUUCUACCUCAUCGCUCGAAUCGCCAUCAAAGCCAUAUUCAAGGGCAAGGUGUGUUUACUCCUUCUGUGAAUAAAAGUGAACCUAUGGUAGCAACAGGGAUAAUUUGUGUAAUAUGCUCACACUGUACUUAGUAGUAAAAUGUGCCAAUAUCAAACAUUUUUCUGUUUACACAAACAAUCUAUUAAUGUUUAGGGAGGAAAAACAGCAAUAUGUUUAUGAUAUGAUUCCUCCACAGACUAUUCAUUAUGUUACUGAGCACAAACUCUGUCCCUUUUAAAAGGUGGCAAAGGACGACCGCAGUGACAUCGAGAGCAGCUCAGAAGAAGAGACCGACACCAAUGUCAAGAUUAGGAACAAGUCACAUCCCAACGGUAGCGAACAAUCACUAAAGGAGGGCAAUGGGACCAACAGCUUUGUCAACGGUGAAACACAAGACCACUGA